GACUGAGCGUGCCCCUCCUCUCUUACCCUUUUGUUCGUUUGGUAACCGCCCCGUCCAAUUUUAUCAACAUUUGGACCACCAUGUCGGAUAAUAUGUGGCAACUGUAGACGCUGCAAAGGUUGAGAGGCAACCCAAGCAAAAGGCAAGACCGUUAUGUUAUGGAUACGAUAGCGAGCCAUCGGGUGAAUGAGUUCUCCGGGAGGAAGAGGCAGCAGAAAGAAGCGAGGCCCUGCAGGGUCCCCGCCCGACGGAGGGACCACCUGCGACCAGGUGUCACUACAUAAACGAAAUUUGUAUUACUUCUCAUACCCACUGCUGGCGUUGUUUGCAGUACUCCGUGUCCUCGUAUUGCAUUUUGGCGAACUCUUCGCCUGGCUGUGCGAGCGGAUGUCUCGUGCUAUGGCUGCGAGACCCAAACAACGGGCAGCAGACGAGCAUGCGAACAAGGUGUGCGAGCAUGACAUCGGCGAGCAGAUCCGAUCCCACCACAAACAAGCAUUCGAGUACAUCUCAGUGGCUCUGAGAAUUGACGAGGAUGACAAAGUGCACAAGGAACAGGCAGUCCAGUGGUACAAACGCGGAAUCGCAGAGCUCGAGAGGGGCAUCGCGAUCGAGGUAGCUGAAAACGGUGAGAAAUAUGAACGUGAUAAACGUCUACAGGCCAAGAUGAUCACCAAUCUGAUCAUGGCAAAGGAUCGCCUGGAGCUUUUAGAAAAGCUGCGUUCAGGGCCAGCUCAGAGAGACAUCUAUGCAGAGAGCUCAAACCAGUCAUACCAUAACGGUUAUCUACGCUCAGUAAGUGGAGCCGUACCCAAAAAGAGGGACUCCCUGACUACUCACUCCAGUCACUCCCUCCCACGACCAAAGCAUACGCCAAAUAAACCCUUGCCGGCAGGCUACGGGGUCCUCCAGCGCUCCCCCAGCUUCAUUGGGCCCUCCAGCAGUCACACACAGCACAGACUGGUCCCCCAGUCCAACAGAAACAAGAGUAAAACUGGCAACCGGCAAAACUGUAAACCCACCACCACUCCCACAUCCAUGUCCCCACUGAAGAAGAGGGAUAUGAAGAACUUGAAGAAUGUGGACAGCAAGCUGGCCAACCUCAUCCUCAGCGAGAUCAUAGACAGUGGCUCAUCUGUGAGGUUUGAGGACGUUGCUGGCCAGGAGCUGGCUAAGCAGGCCCUACAGGAAAUAGUCAUCCUGCCUGCACUAAGGCCAGAGUUGUUUACAGGCUUGAGGGCUCCAGCACGAGGCCUUCUGCUCUUCGGUCCUCCUGGCAACGGAAAGACGAUGCUGGCUAAAGCAGUGGCCAUGGAGUCCAACGCCACAUUCUUCAACAUAAGUGCAGCCAGCUUGACCUCGAAAUAUGUGGGGGAGGGAGAGAAGCUGGUGCGAGCUCUGUUUGCCGUCGCCAGAGAACUGCAACCCUCGAUCAUCUUCAUAGAUGAGAUCGACAGUCUACUCUGUGAAAGGAGAGAGGGAGAGCAUGAUGCCAGCAGACGACUGAAGACAGAGUUCUUGAUUGAAUUUGAUGGGGUGCAAUCUGGUGGGGAUGAACGGGUGUUGGUGAUGGGAGCCACCAACAGGCCUCAGGAGCUGGACGAGGCUGUUCUUAGGAGAUUUGCAAAACGGGUGUACGUGGCUUUACCAACAGAAGACACCCGGCUAAAACUGGUCAAGAACCUUUUAGGGAAGCACGGGAAUCCUCUCACACAGAAAGAACUGUCCCAGCUUGCCAGAAUGACAGAAGGCUACUCUGGCAGUGACCUGACCUCGCUGGCCAAAGAUGCGUCCCUCGGUCCCAUCCGAGAGUUGCGUCCAGAACAAGUCAGGAACAUGGCCGCAAACGAGGUGAGGAAUAUCAGGUUCUCUGAUUUCGUGGAGUCACUGAAGAAGAUCAAAAAGAGUGUCGGACCACAGACGCUGGACCUGUAUGUGCGUUGGAACAAGGACUAUGGGGACACCACGGGUGCAUGAGACAAGAGGGGACACACAUGCAGCCUCUGUCCUAACCCUGAACCUCCAUUGAGGCAGUGGAUUGAAAAGUGUUUUAAACAGAGAUUCUUUUUUUCAUUAUUGUUUUUAACUCUAAGGUCAUAGGACUGUUCGAAUAAACUAUUUAUUGUGUGUUAUGAUACGGCUGUUGUCUUCAACCUAUUAUAGUCAUAGUGAUUUUAUAAAUAAAUACAUAUAAAUGUC